AUGGCAGCGCGCAAGCUCGGCGCCCCGGUACCGCUGCUCCUGCUUCUACGGCUCGGCUUGUGUCAAAUAAUGCCGGAGAUUAUGCCGGAAUUCUUGGCGCCGCUGGAGAACCACACGGUCGUUCAGGGCCGCGACGCGUCCUUUACCUGCGUCGUCAAUCAUCUCCAGUCCUACAAGGUGGCCUGGCUCAAGUCGGACUCGCGCGCCAUCCUGGCGAUACACACGCACAUGGUGGCCCCCAACCCGCGACUGUCCGUAACCCACAACGGCCACAACACCUGGAUGCUCCACAUAUCCAACGUCCAGAAGAAUGACUCGGGCACCUACAUGUGCCAGGUCAACACGGACCCGAUGCUCAGUCAAAUGGGCAACAUGAGCGUCAUGAUACCACCGGAUAUCGUGGACGACACGUCGGAGGGCCUGGUGGCGCACGAGGAGGGUAAUAUCAAGUUACGCUGCGAGGCGACUGGCUGGCCCCAGCCAAAUGUCACGUGGAAACGCGAGGACGGCCGGCCCAUCGUUUUGCGCGAGAAUGGCCAGAAAAAACUGCUGACGAGGUACGAGGGCGAGACGCUGGAGCUGAGCGGCGUGCUGCGGCAAGAAAUGGGCACUUACCUCUGCAUCGCUUCCAACUCCAUACCCCCGAGCGUCAGCAAGCGCUACGCCGUUAUCGUCCAAUUCCAACCCUCGGUAAAAGUAACGACGCACGUAGUCCUGGCUCCAGUGACCAAGGACGUCGUGCUACAGUGCACCGUCGAAGCUUCGCCCCAAGCGAUGAACACGUGGUACAAGGUCAUAGGUGACAAGCUACUGCCCAACGACAAGUACGCGAUGGCCGAGCGACAGCUCAACGACUACUCCUGGGAGAUGAAUCUGACGAUACGAGCCCUCGAGCCGGCCGACUUUGUCAGCUACAUCUGCUCGUCGGAAAACGCGCUCGGCCGAGCUGAGGGCGCCGUUCGGCUGCAAGAGUUCCGAGACCUGUCUCCAACGACGACCCCGGUGACGCAGUCGCGGCCAAACGACCUGAGGCCCGGGCGCAAGAAGCCGAGCAGUCGGAACCGCACCAAGAACAGGUACCACGGGGAGCCCGGCUCCUCGGAGCUCCACGAGACCCUGGGCGCGAACGAGCUCGGCCACGGCCAGCAGCAGACCAGCCAAGCCGGGCAGUCGGGAGGUGGCACGCGGGGUCAGCAGCAGCAGCGCACCGAGAGGCCCUACCCCCAGCAGCCCUCGGUCCCGACUACCUGGCCGGACGACAGUGCCGGGGGGGUCACGGCUCGGGUCCACGUGUCGCUGCUCGUCGCCUCGUGCGCAGCCGCGAUUUUCGCCAUCAGGAGGGACGCGCGCUAG